AUGGAUGACGGCCAGAGACUGAUGCACCCCCAGCAGGCCGGGGGUGGUCCCGUGAGUAUGUCCGGGGCCAUGCCCCCCCAGCACGGCUACCUACCCCCACCCGGAGCCGGGGGUGGAGGAGGAGGCGGCGGGGGAGGGGGCGGUGAUGAACAGGAACAACGAAAACAGGAAAUUAGCGAUAUUUUACAACAAAUUAUGACCAUCACAGACCAAAGCUUGGACGAGGCACAAGCAAGGAAGCACACUCUUAACUGUCAUCGUAUGAAACCUGCUCUUUUUAGUGUCUUGUGCGAAAUCAAAGAGAAAACAGCCCCCCUUGCCCCGUUUUCUUUUCAUUCCUUCUUCUCGUCCCCCCCCCUGCCCCGGUUUCUUUCAUUCCUGUUCUUCUCAUUUUUGACUGCCCCACGGCCAUUUCAUUCGUUGAAACAACCCCCCCCCCCUGUUUUCUUUCAUUCCUUAAGCAACGUCCCCCCUGCCCCGUUUUCCUUCAUUCCUUACCGCUUGUUAAUACCAGCCCCGUUUUCUUUCAUUCCUUCUUCUUUAAUAGAUGACCCUCGGAAUUUCAUUCCUUCUUCAUAUUCCCCCCCGCCCAAAGAACCUUUCAUUCCUUCUUCUCUUCCCCCCCUGCCCCAUUUUGUUUCAUUCCUUCUUCUCAUUUUCCCCCCACAAGAGCUUUCUUUCCCCCCCCUUGUUUUCUUUCAUUCUUUUCUUCUCGAUAGAGAAACAGAUAGCUUGUAUUUAUCUAUUAGUUCUUCUCGUGUAUCCCUUCGAGAAUUUCUUUCAUUGAUUUUUCUUCCGAAAAAAUAUUCCGUUUUUUGCUUUCAUUCUUUCUUCUUGCCCCUCCGUUUUCUUUCAUUCUUUCUUCUUGUUUGCCCCCCUCCCCGUUUCAAACUUCCUUGUUUGCCUUUUUUUUUUUUUAAAAAAAUGAAGAACAUAGAACCCAAUGAGCAUUGA